UCGGGUUGGCUUAGUUAAUUGCACAAAUGUCGAUCUCACUUUACUUAUUACCCAAGCUGACUCAGUUCCAGAAUGUAUUUCUUUUAUUUCGCUGUUCGACGAGCGCAUUUUAAAUGGUAUACGGGAAAUACCGCGUCAAGAAUCGGAAUAAUUCUCACCGGGAUUCUUUCAGUCGGCGUAAUUGCUAUUACCUAUAUUCAGUGCAGGGCAUUGAUAAGGCAAGCGUUUCAGGAAAAUGCGGCGAAUGAAGUGAUAUUAACGGAGGAGAUAAAUCCCGCCGAGGUGCGAGUAAAGAUUAAGGAGAUGAUGCUGCACGCCUGGCGAAAUUAUGCUCGCGUUGUAUGGGGCACCAAUGAAUUCCGCCCGAUUUCACGACGCGUACAUGGCGGUAGUGACUUCGGGUCCUACAAACUCGGUGCAACCAUUAUAGAGAGCUUGGAUACUCUGUAUAUAAUGGGUCUGGAGAAGGAGUUGAAGCGUUCUCGAGAUUGGAUCGAGAAGUCAUUCAGUUUGGAUCGAGUUGAUGAACCAUUGCCCGUUAUAGUGCUAACUUCCAGGCUGCUCUGUCCCAUGCUAACACUCUACUCCCUCACUGGGGAUCUCCUGUACAAGGAUAAGGCCGUUCAUAUUGCCGAUAGGAUCCUGUCUGCCUUCGACACGCCAACUGGAAUACCCAGGCGACUAGUGGUUCCAAAGAAAGGCAGCACCCUCACAAGGUAUCUGGAUGACGUGUCUCGUACUUCGGAGUUUGGAGCGCUGCACUUGGAGUUCUUUUACCUCAGCGAAAUCACUGGAUCUUCAGUUUACCUGGAUCGAGUGGAUGGUAUUCGGCAGACGAUUGAGCAGGCAACCAAGGUCAAUGGUCUGUAUCCCAAUGCCUUUUGCACAAAGUAUGGUACAUGGGAAAACUACAACUGCUCGGUGAACCGGUAUUAUGACACACUCCUUAAAUCAUGGAUGCAAUCCGGGGAAUCAGAUACUCAAAAUGAAGAUCUAUUCGAGGACGCUUUGCUGGCUGUAGCUAAAAAUCUGGUUGUCAUAAAUGACGAAGAUGUAACCUAUGUAACGGAGAUGAGAGAUGGUUCUCUAAGCCAUCGGAUGAAACAGUCGGAUUGUUUUGCUGGCGCUCUUUUUGCCCUGGGAGCAGCAGCAACCUCGGUGGAGCAUUGGGAGAAGUAUUUUGAGAUCGGCAUGGGGAUAGCAGAUACUUGUCAUGACAUGUAUUGGGAAUCUCCUACGCGGUUAGGUCCGGAUACUUUUGCAUUUACGAAAAAUAGCCAGAAGGAAAUUCUCCCCCUUCAAAAAAACUUCUAUAUGUUACAACCAGAAGUCGUGGAAAGCUACUUUAUACUCUGGCGACUGACCCAUGAUGAAAAGUAUCGCCUUUGGGGUUUUGAGCUACUGCUGGCAAUUGAGAAAUACUGCCGGACGCCCAAUGGAUAUACUGGUAUCAUGGACGUCAAUAGCAGUUCUUCGGAACCGGAUGACGUCCAAAGGUCUUUCUUUUUGGGCGCGACCCUCAAGUAUCUGUUCCUGUUGUUUUCCGAUGAUGAUGUGAUUCCCCUGGAUAAGUGGGUUUUCAACAGCGCAGGACAUUUUCUGCCCAUUAAGGGUGUAAAUUCAUUGUAUCGUCAAUAUAAUUAAUAAAAAUCUAUAAUAACUAAAUAUAUAUUUUUCGAGG